CGUGGAUGGCGUCGUGACGUCAGCACGUCCCGAGCUCUCGCGAGCGCAGGAAAUUGGAGCAGCGACAAACAUUGGCUGUAAAUUUUGUUUUAACUCUUUUUUUUGCUUUAUUAAUUGUUGUUUUUCGACCUCAAGCCGGCCGACGAAACACUUUUCUUGCCGAUAGUGUCGUUUGAAGGGCGUUUUGUGUUUUUAAAGUGGUCGAUUCGUACUUUUAUCCCGGUGUUUUUCCUCAUGGAUUAGAUGGUGACGCGUCAGAAUAAUUGACUCUAAAAAACGCGUUUCGUUAAUUUAUAUUUUAAUAGUACAGCACGUCAUCAAACGUCGGCUUUAAGUGUUUAUUUUAAAGGCUAAAUUGUUUUAUUCCUGCGCUUGCAUGAGGAUGAUUUUGAUUCCUCUUACUUUAGCUGCUAAUGCUAACUAGCGCAGGCCGCUAUUGGAGUUUAUUUAUAUAUAAGAUUCAAGUAUUUAUGUGAUUUAUAUUUAUAUUUGGGUGUAUGAAUGGCAGUGUUAAUCUGACGGAGGUCUUUGAUUGUUCAGUGAUGUCUUCUCCAUCACUUUAGACUCAGAUCUCUAGUAAUGAGUGAUGUUCUCAUUCAUUAUAAAGGCCUCGCUUAUAUUCUUUUUUGUUUCGCUCAUUCCUCGUCAGAUAAUAAUAAAAAAGUGAUUCGUGACCUAUUUUACUCAUGUCGUAAAGUUUAAUGGCUUGACGAAUAAUUUGCGUCAUAGUGGAUAUUUUAAAUGUGUUAGCUGUGAUUGAACUGGAUACAGUAUAGAAGAGGAGAAACAAACCCAGCUCAGAAUCAAGAUGAUGUGCGAGGUGAUGCCCACCAUCAGCGAGGCGGAGGUCAGCAGUAACGGAGGCACUCUGGGCCCCGGCUCUCCCGUGCAGACGGACUCUGAGGGCCACUUUGAGUCUCUGAUGGUGUCUAUGCUGGAGGAGAGAGACCGACUGCUGGACACGCUCCGAGAGACGCAGGAGAACCUGUGUGUGACGCAGAGCAAACUGCACGAGAUCAGCCACGAGAGAGACUCGCUGCAGAGACAGCUCAACAGUGCCCUGCCGCAGGAAUUUGCAGCUCUUACGAAGGAAGUGAAUCUGUGUCGAGAGCAGCUGCUGGAGCGAGAGGAGGAGAUCUCCGAGCUGAAAGCGGAGAGAAACAACACACGCUUGUUGCUGGAGCAUCUGGAGUGUCUGGUGUCUCGUCACGAGCGUUCUCUGAGGAUGACCGUAGUCAAGCGUCAGGCUCAGUCUCCCGCCGGCGUCUCCAGUGAGGUGGAGGUGCUCAAGGCACUCAAAUCUCUCUUCGAGCACCACAAAGCCCUGGAUGAGAAGGUGAGAGAGCGUCUGCGUGUGGCUCUGGAGAGAUGCAGUAUGCUGGAGGAGCAGCUCACCGCCGCUCAUAAAGAGCUGGUGUUCCUGAAGGAGCAGGGCAAUCUGAAGAGGGUGAUGACUGACGGCUCAGCAGAAGUCAAUCACAGCUCUGAUGCAGCACCUAACACUAAUGGCAAGCAGCGCUUCUCAGACGUGUCUCUGGGUGCAGAGGAGAAUUGUGGGAAGGACGUGGAGCUGCAGGAGGCUCUGGACAGACAGAGUAAGGAGCUCCUGCACAUGAAGGAGCGUGUGGCGUCUCUGUGCAGCCGCGUCUCUGAGCUGGAGGAGGAUCUGGACACGGCCCGGAAAGACCUCAUCAAGUCUGAGGACAUCAACAGCCGUCUGCAGAGAGACUUACGAGAGUCUCUGGCUCAGAAGGAUGACAUGGAGGAGAGGAUCACCACGCUGGAGAAGCGCUACCUCGCGGCUCAGAGAGAAGCCACGUCUGUCCACGACCUCAACGACAAACUGGAGAACCAGAUAGCCAACAAGGACUCGCUGGUCUGCCAGCUGGAGGACAGGAGUCGUGUGCUGCAGGAGCGUCUGGAGCUGGCGGAGCAGAAGCUACAGCAGACGAUGCGUAAGGCCGAGACGCUGCCGGAGGUGGAGGCAGAGCUGGCUCAGAGGGUCGUGGCCCUCACUAAGGCGGAGGAGCGCCACGGGAACGUGGAGGAGCGUCUCAGACAGAUGGAGGCUCAGCUGGAGGAGAAGAACCAGGAGCUGCUGAGGGCCCGUCAGCGGGAGAAGAUGAACGAAGAGCACAACAAGCGUCUGUCAGAGACGGUGGACAAACUGCUGUCUGAGUCCAACGAGAGACUGCAGCUGCACCUGAAGGAGCGCAUGACUGCGCUGGAGGACAAGAACGCUCUGAUCCGGGAUCUGGAGCACACUAAGAAGCUGAUAGAAGAGGCUCAUCAUGAGAAGGAGCAGCUGCUCAUCCAGAUCGAGACCAUGAGGAGCGAACACGAGCGCGGACGCAGCAGGAGCAACUCUCUGCUGCAUCAUGGGCGCUCUCACGCGAGCGGCACGCCGGACUUCAGGUUCCCGGUGUCCGUGUCGUCAGCGCUGGACAGUCACUACAGCAGCGCUCUGGUGCUCAGACGACCGCAGAAGGGCCGAGUGUCUGCGCUGCGGGACGAGCCCUUGAAGGUGCAGACGCUGGACGAGCAGGAGUGGGACCGUCUGCAGCAGGCUAGUGUUCUGGCUAGCGUAGCUCAUGCGUUCGAGAGUGAUCUGGACGUGUCAGACGUGGAGGACGACAGAGAGACGGUCUUCAGCUCCAUGGACCUGCUGUCUCCUGCUGGACAGGCAGACGCUCAGACGCUCGCCCUGAUGCUGCAGGAGCAGCUGGACGCCAUCAACAACGAGAUACGCAUGAUCCAGGAGGAGAAGGAGAGCACCGCACUGAGAGCCGAGGAGAUCGAGGGUCGUGUGGGCAGUGGAGAUGAUCUGGACAGCCGCUUCCGCUCCAUAGCGUCCCUGCAGCCCUCCUUCCACAGCUCCACUCCACCCGGAUCCGGUCACUCCACGCCCCGCCGGCCCUCACACAGCCCCAGCAGAGAGCUGGACCGCAUGGGGGUCAUGACCCUGCCUAGUGAUUUGCGGAAGCACCGUAGGAAGUGUGCUCAAGAUGAUAAAGCCACCAUCAGAUGUGAGACGUCUCCUCCAUCCACACCGUCCUCCAGGAGACUCCAUAAAGGAGCGCUGCACACCUCCAGCCACGAGGACAUCCGAGACGUACGGGGAGCCGGGCUGCAGGACGGAGCGGGCAGUAAUCCCAGCAGCAGUAACAGCAGUCAGGACUCACUUAACAAAGCAGCCAAGAAGAAGAGCAUCAAGUCCUCCAUCGGUCGACUGUUUGCAAAGAAGGAGAAGGGCAGAGCCAGUCCGGGGGGUAAAGAGUGUCCUGGGCCAGUGCUGGCAGGUACGCCUGAUGGAGGAAGCGCACCGGACACCAUGACACUUGGGAAGAUGGGCGGUCCUGCAGAGAAGAACCGGAAGCUGCAGAAGAAACACGAGCUGCUGGAGGAGGCAUGUCGUCAGGGUCUGCCCUUCGCUCAGUGGGACGGUCCCACGGUGGUGGUGUGGUUGGAGCUGUGGGUGGGGAUGCCGGCGUGGUACGUAGCGGCGUGCCGUGCUAAUGUGAAGAGCGGAGCCAUCAUGUCUGCUCUGUCCGACACUGAGAUCCAGCGUGAAAUCGGCAUCAGCAACCCUCUUCACCGCCUCAAACUACGCCUCGCCAUCCAGGAGAUCAUGUCCCUCACCAGCCCCUCGGUGCCCCCCACCUCCAGGACGUGUUCUGGGAAUGUCUGGCUCACACACGAGGAGAUGGAGAGUCUGGCCACCACGCCGCUCACGGAGGACGAGGAGGCCAGCUGGGCACAGACUCUGGCCUACGGGGACAUGAACCACGAGUGGAUCGGUAACGCCUGGCUGCCCAGCCUCGGUCUGCCUCAGUACCGCAGCUACUUCAUGGAGUCGCUGGUGGACGCUCGUAUGCUGGAUCAUCUGACCAAAAAAGACCUGCGCGGUCAGCUGAAGAUGGUGGACAGCUUCCACAGGAACAGUUUUCAGUGUGGUGUGAUGUGUUUGAGACGGCUGAACUACGACAGGAAAGAGCUGGAGCGCAGGCGUGACGAGUCCCAGGUGGAGGUCAAAGAUGUGCUGGUGUGGACAAAUGAGCGUGUGGUCAGCUGGGUCCAGGCCAUCGGACUGAAGGAGUAUGCUGGGAAUCUUCUGGAGAGCGGCGUUCACGGAGCGCUCCUCGCUCUGGACGAGUCCUUCGACCACAACGCUUUGGCACUACUGCUGCAGAUCCCUACACAGUGCACACAGGCGAGGGCAUUGCUGGAGCAUGAGUACAGCCGUCUGUUAGCCGCAGGAACAGAGAGGAGACUCGAGGAGGACGACGAGAAGAACUUCCGCCGCGCUCCGUCCUGGAGGAAGAAGUUCAGGCCCAAAGAUGUGCGUGGAAUGAGUGUGAGCUCCGCCGACACACUGCCCGCUAGCUUCAGGGUGAGCGCUGCAGACGCCUCCUCCACCGCCCUGAUGACCAAGAAACCCCAGCUGGACGGAAGCGUGAGUGUUCAGCGUCUGGAUUCGGCUGCUGUCAGAACUUACUCCUGCUGAUGGUGCAGCAGAAGCGGUCGAUCCCCGUCAGGCUGCAGGUUCAGAGGAGGAUGCUUUCUUCGUCAGACUCAAAUCCUCUGUUCAUGUAAACCGAGGGACCUUCACUAAUUUAGCAGUGUCUCAUAUCAACUUUUGCUUGAUUUUAUUUGGUCACCUUUUAAUUCUCUCGUCCUAAUCCCGUUUAACUCUUUUGGCUGUAAUUUAUGUAUCAUGAGUCCAAAGUCUGUACAUUUCCGUCUGUAGACAUAAUCUAAUUUGUAUUAUUCUCUGAGUAUUUUUAUCAGCUGCUUAUUCCUUUUGUGUAACUUAAUCCGGCUAAAAGACCUCGGUGUGGUUUCUUAACUUGGCUCUUCUCUUCAUCAGUUUUCUCCUGUUGAUAGUGAGAAAGUGGUCUGAAUCAGUGGUGUGGUGUGAAUAUCAGGGUUGGAACCUGUUUUAUAUCCUCUGAUACCAAAUCAAACCCUUGGAUAAGCCAUAAUUUAUAAUAAUUAUGAGGGCUAUUUUGAAUACAUCUUUCUACAGAUGUGAUGUUGAUGCCAGGUUUUUCUAGCAUCUGUUUGACUUAAAGUCACUGUUUAUCCAUUCCCUGGUGCUGCGUUAGAUGUGUGUGUGAGAGAGAUACAGAGAGACUGACUGUGUGUGUGUGUGUGUGUGUGUGUGUGAGAGAGAUACAGAGAGACUGACUGUGUGUGUGUGUGUGUGUGUGUGUGUGUGAGAGAGAGAGAGAGAGAGAGAGAGACUGACUCUGUGUGUGUGUGUGUGUGUGUGUGUGUGUGUGUGUGUGUGUUUCUCUCAGAUGGACCAAUCCUCCGGUGGCCUGACCGCUCGAUCCCUGUGUGUGUGUGUGUGUGUGUGUGUGUGUGUGUAUCGUAUCACUGUAAUGAAGCCUUAUAUUUCUAGCCCAGUCCUGUUGUUUUCAGAGACCUUUUUAAUAUGUAUCAGCCUUUUAUGUUGGAAGUAAAUUGUAAUUUUUGGAUGAAAUCAGAAGCGCAGGCUGGAAUCAUAUCCCAGUCGCUCUUUUUUUUUUUUUUUUUUUUAACAUUUAGUCACUUAUGUACAAUUAAAGUCAUGUUACUAUCUUUUCAUUGUCCUUUAUUUAAAUAAAUCUUCUGGUCCUGUAAUAGAAAUAAUGUACAGUCUAAGUACUUAUGAACUCUCUUUAUCACAGUAUUAUUUAUUGCUUUCAUUUCAAUAAAAUACUGAAACUUAUUUUACACUGCCAAUAAAAAUGUCUUUAAGAACA